GACGGAGUUUCGCUCCCGAUUUCAAUUAUAAUUUUGUUUGUUUCCACUCUCUAAAGCACUGAGAGCUGCACAAUUCCUCGGAAAAUUAGUAACUUCGGAUCGAUUCUUCUUCAGAAUCUGUUUUCGUAUAUUCUUUUUAAUUUUUAUCUUCUCAAGGUUACUGUGUAUUUCUUCAGAGCCAAGAACCGAAUCAAAGAAUAUGAGCAAUACCAUCGGUAAUAACUUGGUACACCAGCGGUUGCUUCGUCCUACAGUUUUAGAGCGUCAAAGCAAGCUGAAUUCUUCCGGCAUUGCUGCAAACUCUUUCUGUGCUGCGUCUCUGAAUCAAUCUGCAGCUCAAAUAGGGAGGAACUCCAAAUUAUCUACAAAAUUUUAUGGUAACGGUUGGAAUAAGAAGAGAUCAUACUCUACAGUUGGAACGGGACGACCUGCGUUUGUUCCUCAAGCUGUUUUAGCCACUGAUCCAGCUUCUGAGCAACUUAUGGAGAAAUUCAACCUUGAUGGGAAUAUUGAAUUGAAGGUCGGUGCUAGUACUGUUCCAGCAUCUAUUGUACAAGUUGAUAUUCAAAUUACAUAUAGUAGUGACUCUCUGCUUCUACAUUGGGGUGGGAUACGUGAUAGAAAGGAAAAGUGGGUACUUCCUUCUUGCCAACCUGAUGGAACCAUCAAUUACAAGAACAGAGCGCUUAGAACACCAUUUGUGAAGACUGGUCCCAGUUCCCAUCUUAAAUUAGAGAUCAACGAUCCUGCAAUAAAAGCGAUAGAGUUUCUCAUAUUUGAUCAAGCCAAAAAUAAAUGGUUUAAAAAUAAUGGUCAAAACUUUCAUGUAAAGUUACCUGCAAGAUGUCAGCCAAUUUCCAACAUCUCAGUUCCUGAAGAUCUUGUUCAGAUUCAAGCAUAUUUGAGGUGGGAGAGAAAGGGUAAACUGAUGUAUACUCCAGAACAAGAGAAGGAGGAAUAUGAGGCAGCUCGCACUGAGCUGUUGGAGGAAAUAGCAAGGGGGGCUUCUAUAGAGGAUCUUCGAGCAAAAUUGACUAAGAAAACUGAUAGACAAGAAAUCGAGGAAACUUCUAUCUAUGAAAGGAAGAGCAAGAUACCGGAUGAUCUUGUGCAAAUUCAAGCUUAUAUACGAUGGGAGAAAGCAGGAAAGCCUAAUUUUUCUCGAGAAGAACAACUUAUGGAAUUUGAGGAAGCAAGAACGGAGUUGGAAGCUGAGCUACAGAAAGGUGUUUCUCUUGAUGAAAUACGAAAGAAGAUUACCAAGGGAGAGAUUGCAACAAAGGUUUCAACACAACUCAAGGAAAAGAAAUAUUUUAGAGUUGAAAGGAUUCAGCGCAAGAAGAGGGACUUGAUGCAACUUCUCAAUAAGCAUGCAGUUAAAUCUACAGUGGAAAAAAUUUCUAGAGAACCACAUAGCUUGACAGUGAUUGAGCUUUUUGCUAAGGCCAAAGAAGAAGAGGAUCUCAGUCCUGUUCUUAACAAGAAAUUAUACAAACUUGCUGAUAAGGAAGUUCUGGUACUGGUAACCAAACCUGCUGGUAAGACAAAGAUUCAUGUGGCUACAGAUUUUGAAGAGCCAGUCACUCUUCACUGGGCUCUGUCUAAAACGGCUGGAGAGUGGUUGGCACCACCUUCAGGUCUGCUUCCUCCUGGUUCAGUUUUGCUAAAUGGUGCUGCGGAAACACAGUUUUCCAUUAGUUCUUCUUCUAGUCUUCCUAAACAGGUGCAAUACUUUGUUCUGGAGAUUGACGGGGACAGUUAUACUGGGAUGCCAUUUGUUCUUCUGUCUGGUGGGAAAUGGAUAAAGAAUAAUGGAUCUGACUUUUAUGUGGAGUUUAGUCCACGAUCCAAGCCAACCCAAAAGGAUGCUGGUGAUGGCAAAGGUACAGCAAAGGCUUUGCUGGAUAAAAUAGCAGAGAUGGAGAGUGAGGCACAGAAGUCCUUUAUGCACCGGUUUAAUAUUGCGGCAGACUUGAUAGAUCAAGCCAAAGCUGCUGGUGAAUUAGGCUUUGCAGGGAUCUUAGUGUGGAUGAGGUUUAUGGCUACUAGGCAGCUCAUAUGGAAUAAGAACUACAAUGUAAAACCACGUGAAAUAAGUAGAGCUCAGGAUAGGCUUACUGACUUGCUCCAGAAUACUUACAAAAAUCAUCCAGAAUACCGGGAGCUGGUACGGAUGAUUAUGUCUACUGUUGGACGUGGGGGUGAGGGUGAUGUGGGACAAAGGAUUCGGGAUGAAAUUUUGGUCAUCCAGAGAAACAAUCAUUGCAAAGGUGGAAUGAUGGAGGAAUGGCAUCAGAAGUUACAUAAUAACACUAGUCCAGAUGAUGUUGUAAUCUGUCAGGCAUUGAUUGAUUAUAUUAAAAGUGAUUUUGACAUCAAUGUCUAUUGGAAGACUUUGAAUGAGAAUGGAAUAACGAAAGAACGCCUUUUAAGUUAUGACCGUGCCAUCCACUCCGAACCAAAUUUCGGGAGAGAUCAGAAGGAUGGUCUUUUGCGUGAUCUUGGACACUAUAUGAGAACCUUGAAGGCGGUUCAUUCAGGUGCAGAUCUUGAGUCUGCUAUUUCAAAUUGCAUGGGCUAUAGAGCUGAGGGUCAAGGUUUCAUGGUUGGUGUGCAAAUAAAUCCUAUAUCGGGCUUGCCUUCAGAAUUUCCAGAAUUGCUCCACUUUGUCCUUCAACAUGUUGAAGAUAGAAAUGUAGAAGCCUUGCUUGAGGGUUUACUAGAGGCUCGUGAGGAGCUUAGGCCAAUGUUGAUGAAGUCUAACGAUCGUUUGAAGGAUCUUUUAUUUUUGGAUAUUGCUCUUGAUUCUACUGUUAGGACAGCUAUUGAAAGCGGAUAUGAGCAAUUAAAUGAUUCUGGACCAGAGAAAAUUAUGUACUUCAUUACCCUGGUUCUUGAAAACCUUGCACUUUCAUCAGAUAAUAAUGAGGAUCUGGUCUACUGCUUGAAGGGAUGGGACAAUGCCCUAACCAUGUGCAAGAAUAAAAAUGAUCAAUGGGCAUUAUAUGCAAAAUCAGUUCUUGACAGAACUCGUCUUGUACUUACUAGCAAGGCAGAAUCAUACCAGCAAAUUUUGCAACCGUCAGCAGAGUAUCUUGGAUCACGGCUUGGAGUUGACCAGUGGGCUAUUGACAUAUUUACCGAAGAAAUUAUUCGUGCUGGAUCAGCUGCAGCCUUAUCCUUGCUUAUUAAUCGACUUGAUCCGGUUCUUAGAAAGACUGCCAAUCUAGGGAGUUGGCAGGUUAUCAGUCCGGUUGAAGUAGCAGGUUAUGUCAUCGUUGUAAAUGAGCUGCUUGCUGUACAGAAUAAAUCUUAUGAUCGGCCUACAAUUUUAGUGGCAAAAAGUGUAAAAGGGGAGGAGGAAAUCCCGGAUGGUACAGUUGCUGUAUUGACACCUGACAUGCCUGAUGUUUUAUCACAUGUUUCUGUGAGAGCAAGAAAUAGCAAGGUUUGCUUUGCUACAUGCUUUGAUCCCAAUAUUCUUGCUACUCUUGAAGCAAAUGAAGGGAAAUUGUUGCGCUUAAAACCUACUUCUGCAGAUGUAAUUUAUGGUGAGGUUACGGAGGGUGAACUAGCAAGUUCAAGUCCAGGUGACUUUAAAGGAGGUAGUCUGCCAUCAGUUACCUUGGUCAAAAAGCAGUUUUGUGGUAGAUAUGCCGUAUCAGCUGAGGAAUUUACAAGUGAAAUGGUUGGUUCUAAAUCACGCAAUAUAUCAUAUCUGAAAGGAAAAGUGCCAUCUUGGAUUGGGAUUCCUACAUCAGUUGCCCUACCAUUUGGAGCAUUCGAGAAGGUUCUUUCAGAUAAAUUGAAUAAGGCAGUGGCUGAGGAGUUGCAAUCAUUGAAGAAAAAAUUAGCAGAUGGAGACUUUGGUGUUCUUGCAGAAAUUCGCCAGACAGUUCUGAGGUUGGCAGCACCUCCCCAAUUGGUGCAAGAGUUGAAGACUAAGAUGCAGAGUUCUGGGAUGCCUUGGCCUGGUGAUGAAGGUGAACAGAGAUGGGAACAAGCAUGGACAGCCAUAAAGAAGGUCUGGGCUUCAAAAUGGAAUGAGAGGGCAUACUUUAGCACAAGGAAAGUGAAAUUAGACCAUGACUAUCUGUGCAUGGCUGUCCUAGUUCAGGAGAUAAUAAAUGCUGAUUAUGCAUUUGUUAUCCAUACAACUAAUCCAUCCUCAGGAGACUCAUCAGAGAUUUAUGCCGAGGUGGUAAAAGGACUUGGAGAAACUCUAGUUGGAGCUUAUCCAGGUCGUGCUUUGAGUUUUGUCUGCAAGAAGAGCAAUCUCGACUCUCCACAGGUGUUAGGAUACCCAAGCAAACCAAUCGGUCUUUUCAUAAGGCGUUCCAUUAUAUUCCGAUCUGAUUCCAAUGGUGAAGACCUAGAAGGUUAUGCUGGUGCAGGCCUUUAUGAUAGUGUGCCUAUGGAUGAAGAAGAGAAAGUUGUGAUUGAUUACUCAUCAGAUCCAUUAAUUGUUGAUGGCAACUUCCGACAAUCAAUCCUCUCAAGCAUUGCUCGUGCAGGGCAUGCAAUUGAGGAGCUUUAUGGAUCGCCACAAGAUAUUGAAGGCGUAGUCCGUGAUGGGAAGGUCUAUGUUGUCCAAACCAGACCCCAGAUGUGAUCCUCUUCUUUCUUUUUUUUUUUUCCUUUUUAAUACAUCAUUUGUUGGGAUCUUAAGGAAGUUCUGUAAAUGAGGAAAACAGAGAAAGAAAGAAAGAAAGAAAGAAAAAAAGAUGGGGAAAAACAGUGAAAUAAGAAGAAAGUCGUAAAAAUAAUACAGAUAAGUGAACCCAAAAGUAAAAGCUAUCUAUAAUUUUACUCGGUAUGCCUGCAUAUCUGAAACAGCUAUGUACUGUUGCUUUUCUAAGCAUAAUUCUACUGCUGUAUUUAAAAAAUUUUCAAGUUGUGC